AUGGGUGGAUGUAUUUGCAAGCGUAAAAGGGAAUCAUCAAGACGUGCUUGCGAUCGAAGAAUGCCUUCGAACAGCGAUAGCGAUCCACAAACUGGUGGUGAUGGUACUGCAUUGCAACGAGCAAAUGGCGAUGAAUCACGAUCCCCACGUAGACGGGUUGUAACUCGUAGUGCACGAACAGCUUCUCCACAGCAAACAAGUGUCGAUGCUUGUGCAAGCGGUGAUACCGAAUUAGAUAUGCGUGAAUUGGUACGACAAACAAUGAAGAUGAUACGGUUUCUGGUUUCCAAUGAACAGGAUGCGCCAGCACCGUUGGCAAAGUUAAAUUCGGUUGCGGAGGAGGAAGGUGGCUGGAUUAUGGAGACAGUAGCGCAGCUGCUUACACGACAUAUGCGCCUCGAUCAAUCGCAUUCGCGGGGCAGUGAUUUAUCACCUUCUCAGCAUCGUAAUAUGUGUAUUGUACUGGGAUGUCUAGCCGAGAAAUUAGCUGGUCCAAGUAGCGCGGAAAUCUGCUGUGAUGCCACGUUGAAUUAUCUUAUCGAUAAUCUUGUAAGUUUGUUGUUGAACAUUUUUUUUUUUUGGUUGAUUUUGUUGGUAAAAUCAUUUGAAUACGUUUAA